AUGGACCGGAACGGACAGAAUCCAUGGUUCCUGGUUCGAGAUCGACCAAAACUGCGCGUGGAACAUACUUGCCGUCUGGAAAAGUUACUCAUUAGUACACAGAAUUCGAUUAAAUCGAAACUCACUGUUGGCCUCGUUGUAGUAGACAUCGAUGCGCUCCAACUGGAGAUCGGUCUCUCCUUUGAAGGUUCCAUCGGGCUGGAUUCCGUGCUCGUCGGAGAUGACUUCCCAGAAUUUGGAUCCGAUUUGGUUUCCGCACUGUCCGGCUUGAACGUGGACGAUCUCUCUCAUUUUUGCUGCAAAAUUCAGAGAAUGAGAGAUUGGAAAAAAGAAAAACGCGAAACGCGAAAAAGAUAG